AUGGUUCAUACAUUAAAGGAAUUGACACUACGACAAUGUUCUGACUUGGGAGAGGGCCGCAAAACUUUAGGUGAUCCGAAAAUACUCAAAUGUGGUUUUACUUAUGUAGAAGCCAGAAUACGUGGCACUCUUGGAUACUAUCUAGUUAAAAUUUCAAUAAACAAGGGUCAAGUCGUAACCGAUUGUACAUGCCCGAUGGGAGGUGAUUGUAAACACGUUCGUGAAACUGGCAAAGCUAUGUAUUACCAACUUCGUACCAUGAAUAUAAAUCGACUGACACCACAGAGGAAAUAUAAGGAAUCACUAUUCAAGAGAUCACGUGAUGAGCUCAUAGAUUUAUUGAUGGAAAAAUGGAGAGAAGAAAACGAUGAAGAAGAGGAGGAUGACGAGGAGGACGAAGAUGAUGACGAAGACGAAGACGAGGAAGAUGAUGAAGAUAGCGACUUCGAAGACUAUCAAUACUAUUAUAAUUUGGAACACGAGGAAGAAGAAGAAGAAGAGCGACAUAAAAGAAAAAGACAUAGAUAUUAA